AUGUCCGCUGCCACUACAACCACAGACAAGGGUGCCAAGCCGUCUCUCGACGAGCCGGUGACUGACUCCUCGCAGGCAGGCGUCGAUAUCGAAAAGCAAGACGCCGCCGCCGCCUCGCAGGAUGAACCACCGUCGAAGAUGCCGCCUGGAGCCAAGGCAGGCCUGACGGUCCGUCAGUUCUGGCUCGCCAUGCUGGGUCUCAAUGUCGGCAUGCUGCUGACGGCGCUCGACUUCAACAUUGUUGCCACAGCUGUGCCCAUCAUCUCCUCCGAGUUCAAGGAAUACAAUAACUCUGCGUGGCUCGGAACCAGCUUCCUCAUCACUUUUGCCAUUAUUAUGCCCAUCACCUCCAAGCUCAGCGACGCCUUUGGCCGCAAGAACGUCUUCCUUGCCGCUACCGUGGUCUUCAUCGUUGGGAGUGCUCUUUGUGGUUGGUCUAAUAGCAUGAACAUGCUGAUUGCGUCCCGCGCGGUGCAGGGUCUCGGUGCUGGUGGCAUUUACGGCCUCGUGAAUGUCAUUCUAACCGACCUUGUGCCACUCCAAGAUGUAGGCAAGUACCUUGCCGUCACCGCCAUCGUCUGGGGUAUCGCAGACAUUGCGGGACCCUUAUUAGGCGGUGCAUUUUCUCAAUACGCGACAUGGAGAUGGUGCUUCUGGAUCAACCUCAUCAUCUCACCGAUCAGUUUUGUCAUUGUCGCCAUUGUUCUCAAGCUUCCCCAUAACAGAAACACCACCAUCAAGGAGGAGUUCCUCAAGUUUGACUACCUCGGCACCGUCCUCAUCUCCGGCGGCACCACGACCCUCGUUCUCGGCCUUCAGUGGGGCGGAAACAUCUUCCCCUGGGGUGACGCUAAAGUCAUCGGCACUCUGGUCGGAGGUUUCGCCAUGAUUGUCGUUUUCUACGUCUCCAUCCACUUCGCGAAGGACCCGCUCAUCUUCCCAUCCAUGUUCAAGAGCCGCACUCUCAUCUGCCUCUUCAUUGCCGAGUUCUUCUUCGGUGUGACCCUUCUCGGCACCAUGUACUACGUCCCCCAGUUUUUCCAGCUCGUCUUUGGAGACACAGCCACCCUCUCCGGUGUUGGUCUCCUGCCUAUGAUGCUCGGUCUCAUUAUAGGCAACCCCAUCGCAGCGUGGGUCACCAGCAAGUAUGGUGUAACAAUUAUUAACGCCGUCCUCGGCGCCGGACUUGAGAUUUUAGCCUGCGGCCUCAUGACCCGCUGGAACGCCACCCCCCCCCCGCGCCGAGGCCAUCGUCGUCCUCAUCAUCCUCGGUAUCGGCAUGGGUGCCGUCAUGUCCGCCCUCUUACUAAGCUGUCAAGUGUUGGCGUUGUCCUAUUGGAUGUGCAGCACAUUCGGCAGACCUUUGACGGCGACCAGCUGCAGGACAUUAUUGAUGUCUAUGCGCGCAGUCUUCAGAACGGCUGGUGGUUCAUGUUUGCGGCUGCGUCGGCUGUCCUGGUCUUCUCUGCUGUCUGCCGCCAGUACAAGUUCGGAGAUAAAUGA